UUUGCUUGAGUGGUUUUUGUUUUUUGGGGUUCUCUUUGCAGGAAAAGGUUAAUGGAGUUAGCUUUGAGCUUGGGUGAUCCCUCAAAGCCUUUUUCGUUUCUUGACAAAACCCCAAAGUUAUCAAACAAGGAUCUAGGGUUUUGCAUGGGGCUUGGAAAUGGCUUCAUAUCACAAGAGAAAGGGGAUGCUUUUGAAGGUGAAAGUAGAGGAGAAGCUGCUAAAGAUGCAGAUGACAAAAGGGUUUCUUCAGAUCCACCUCUUCAGCUUGAUCUACUUCCUUUCUCUCCUGUUCCUCGUGCCCAACCUUCUUCUCAGCUUAGCUUUCUUUGUCUCACUGAUAAUCAAACGGGUUCAUCAGAAGCACCGGGCAGAGGGCUAGACGUGAACCGGUUACCGCUGGUGGCAGCGGCCGAUGAAGCGGAAGAAGGGGCGGCGCUGUCAUCUCCCAACAGCGCCGUGUCUUCUUUUCAGAUGGAUUUUGGGCUUAGACACGGAAACAACGGAGGCAAGAGAGAAGUGGAAGUUGAAGCUGAAAGAGCUAGUUCAAGAGUCAGUGAUGAUGAUGAGAACGGUUCAACUCGGAAGAAACUCAGGCUCUCUAAAGAACAAUCUGCUUUUCUUGAAGAAAGUUUCAAAGAACACAACACUCUCAAUCCUAAGCAAAAACUUGCCUUGGCCAAGCACUUAAAUCUUCGUCCUCGCCAAGUCGAAGUAUGGUUUCAGAAUAGAAGAGCAAGGACAAAAUUGAAGCAGACGGAGGUAGAUUGUGAGUAUUUAAAGAGAUGCUGCGAGACACUGACAGAAGAAAAUAGGAGGUUACAGAAAGAACUGCAAGAAUUAAGAGCCUUGAAAACUUCUCAACCAUUUUAUAUGCAGCUACCUGCCACUACCCUCACCAUGUGUCCUUCAUGUGAGCGUGUGGCCACCACUUCCACCACCGCUGCUGCUGCCACUACCAACGUCCCUACGGCCAGCGCCACCGUUGGCAGCAAUUCGGAUGCCAAAACUGGGGUCUUGCCACUGACCAAGACUAGAGGGUACCCUUUUUCUCUGCAAACACGUGACCCUGCCCCAAGCCCACCAGCCUAGUUCAUGAAAUCAUUGGAUGUGACCAGUCAAAAGAUUUGACCACCUUUUUUUUCAAUUUUUGUAAAUAUUUUUGGCUUGGAGGAAUUUCUUUUAUUUCCUUUCUUGAAUUUUUUAAUUUGUCUCUAGCAGUUUUCUUGUUGCUGAGAAGAAAGAAAAAAAAAAAAAAGUUGUUUUGAAUGGACCGGAAAUGGAAGAAAUUUUGAUAGAAAGCUGCCUGUUUUGUCUGACGAGGAAAAAAAAUAAUUAAUUAAUUAAUAUAGUUAUUCGUAAUGUAA